AUGAAGCUCAUCAUCCCUAUCAAAGCAAUCACUGGAAUUGCUGCCGCUCUCUCACUCUUACCUUUCAUUUGCAACAGGAUUCAAAGAACAAUCUCGCACCAUGGCCAUGAGCUUUCAGUAGAAAAUGUAGAGGGCAACAGCGAUCUAGAGGCCUCCUCUUCCUCUGACUGCAAUGAACAGGACUCCUCACCAGAAUCUGACCUGCAACCAGAAUGCUCACUGGAAACCGAACGACAACCUGAGAACUCGUUGGAAAUCUCUCUAGAUACCAGUAACCUUGAGACACAACCACAAAACUCACUGGAAUAUGAAAUACAACCUGAGAACUCAUUGCAAAUCUCUCUAGAUAACAGUCUGGAGCAGGAAAUAGUUGACCUUCAGAUUCUCGUAACUUCACUUAGAGAGAGAGAAGAUGAACUAGAGGUGGAGUUGGGCGACUACCGUGCCAUCAAAGAUCAGGACUCAAGCACCAUUGAAGAGCUUAUGGAGCUCUUGGAAGCCAAGACUCAGGAAAUUGCAACUUCGUGUUUAAAUAUCGAGGCUUUGCAAGCUGAUAACCUUCGACUCAAGGCUCUCAUUAAAGAAUACCAGAUGCUUGAACCUGAGCUUGAAUCAGCCAGGACAAAGAUUGAAGUUCUCGAGCAUGAGUUGCAGAGACGAUCUCGAAAGAACAGAGAAGAGGUGCUCAAGCUUGAGGAAAGAAUGGCAGUUCUUCAAGCCAGAGAAGAUGGGAGCUCAAGAAAAGAAGAAGAGUCAAGGAAGAUUUCUGAGAGGGUGAAGGAGUUGAAGGAUGAAAUACUUGUUCAGCGAAGAAUAAACCAACAAUUGCAGAAGGAGAGAGCCGAACUAGCAAUUGAACUGAGCUUGGCUCAAGGUUCCACUUCUCCAUCAAACAAAAGAAAAGACGAGGACGCGGAGGCAAUAGUGGUUGCAGAGAAGCAAUUGUUAGAGUCACUGGAAAAGAUUCAGACCAAAGAGUGCUUUGAGGUUGAAGAACUGAUCUACUUAAGGCAGGUUGAUGCCUGCUUGAGAUCUGAACAGAGUAAGGAAAGAGUAAUGGGAGAACCCAACAGGGAUUGGGGUUUGAAUAUAAAUAGAGAGAAUAAUUUUGGAGAGAGAAAGCAUACACGCAUGAAUCUAGAGGAGAGCGACACCAGGUGUGAAGAGCAAAAGUAUGGUGAGUAUGAAUUAGAAUGUCGUCCUGUCACAGAAAUGGGGAAUUGUAAUGAGUUUUACAUGGAUUUUGGGUCCUAUGAAGGGCAAAAGAGUGGUUUGAGAAAGGGAAGGUUGAUUGACAAGGUGAAGAGAUGGGUAAAGGGUAGGAAUGGUUGUAAAAGAAGGUUCGGUGCAAGGGAAAGGGUGACAGAAAGAGAGGAGGGCUGCCCAAGGAGGUGGUCUUUCUCUGAAGGGGAGCAUCUGAGGGAGGCAGAGUUUAUGGCAGCGAGGAAUUCUAGUGCAACGUCUAUCUGUACGGAGAUUUCAGUAACAGCAAGACUCUAA